CGUGUGUGUGCGUGCGUGCGCGCGAGAGAAUAUAAAGCAGAUUUCUCCGUUACCGCGCAGCAGGUCCUGUCAGUGUAACCGUAUUACUAUCGUUUUACUGCUAAUAAAGACAGGAUGGUCGACAGUAUUUACCGGACUCGCUCCCUCGGUGUGGCCGCUGUCGGCCUGCCGGAUCAGUACGCGGACGGGAAGGCGGCCAGAGUGUGGCAGCGGUACAUCGGGGACACGAAGAGCCGCACCGAGGAGUACCGCAGCUGGGUGGUGUCUCUGCUCAAACUGCAGGGCUGUCAGGUGGUGCUGGAUGUAGCCUGUGGCACUGGUGUGGACUCCAUCAUGCUGCUGGAGGAGGGAUUCAAAGUGGUCAGUGUCGAUGCCAGUGAUAAGAUGCUGAAGUACGCACUUAAGGAAAGAUGGGAGAGAAGGAAAGAGCCGGCGUUUGAUAACUGGGUAAUCGAAGAGGCAAACUGGCUUACACUAGCCGACGAUGUUCAGAAGCCAGGACAAGGAUUCGAUGCUGUUAUCUGUCUGGGGAACUCGUUUGCUCAUUUACCAGAUUUCAAAGGUGAUCAGGCUGAUCAGAAGCUGGCCCUGCAGAACAUAGCCAGCAUGGUGAGACCUGGAGGAAUCCUGAUCAUCGAUCACCGUAACUACGACCACAUCCUUGAGACAGGAAAAGCUCCUCGGGGCAAGAACAUUUAUUACCAGACUGAUUUGAAACAAGAAAUCGACACAUCUGUACUCUGGGUAAACAACAAGCCCACCAUGGUGACGCUGGACUACUCACUGGAGAUCCCACAACCUGAUGGAUCACAGAACGCACCUGAGACAAGUAAAUUCCGCUUGUCUUAUUACCCGCACCAGCUGGAGAGCUUCAAGGGCCUGCUGAAGGCAGCAUUCUUUGGAAAGUGCAAGCAGAAAGUAUUUGGUGACUUCAAGCACUACAAUCCAGGACAAGGAGAGGUUCCUUGUUACUUUAUUCAUGUUGUUGAAAAGACGGCUUAAAGCAGUCUUAAUGAUCCAAAGAGCUCGAAUAUUCAUCUUAUCUGUGCUUUUGCUUCAUCCGCAUUGUUUCUACUUCAUGUGCUCUCGCUUUAACGGAGGUUCGACUUUGAAAACCUUCUACAACAACAAAGAUGGGCGAAGACACAACACACAAAGCUUCAGAUUAUCACUUCACAUCAGAAUGUUAAACAGAAAGAGUAAAAAGGCUCAGUGCGAGAAGCGGGUGAGUGUAUGUGUGUCUCUGGCUGGUUUGUCGUUUGCUUUACUUACACAACAGCGUGAUAAAGUUGUGUUUGAUCAACUGGAGGUACGGUUACUGCUUAGCUACUGUAUGUUACUGUUGUAGCUGUUUUCAAACUUUAAAUGAUUUCUAUGGUCUGAAGCUUUUACAAUAUUUGUUUUUAUUUUAAAUGCAUAGAUGUGCAUUGCAUUUUUUUUUUUAUUCAAGCACAUGCCUUAACCAGUGGUUCCCAACCCUGCUCCAGAAUUUUAGGGUUUUCUCAGCUCCCAGUACAUCUGAUGCAACUAAUCAGCUCAGUAACAGUUUUUUUCUUAAUUGAAGUGGAUGUGAUGGAGCAGGGGAAAUACCUAAAUGUGCAGGACAAGGGUUUGAAGCCGCUGGUGUAAAUCAAAGCAGACAUAAAGAACAAAGUUCUGUUUUGUUUAUGUGUCCAAAUCAUCCAUACAUAUGAAGCAGGAAAAUAUUUUACGUAUAUAAUUACGUAAUAUAAUUAGCUUACGCUUCAUUUGUUUUUUUAAUCAAGCUUUACCGGUAGACAUGUUUGUUGUUUAAAAAUUUGUUGCUGAACCCGUCUCACAACCAGACCGAGCCAAAGGUUCUUAUAGUCUUAAUACAGACAAAGAUUUAUAGAUAUUGUCUUUAAACUGGAACUCUGUGUGUGUAACAUCAACAGAGACAUUUAAAGGAAAACUCCACCGUAAACGAAUUUAAUGUUCUUCCCAGAUUAAUUGAAUGCUGUAAUUAAAUUCUGAUUGUAUUUUCACCUUGGUUAAAUGUCUCUUACAGUACCUUACUCUUUCAUAAUAGGGCCAGUGAGGAUUCGCUCUUAGUUCAUCUCUAUUAAAAAGAAAGCAUCCAUGCCCUUUGCAUUCAGUGUUUAAAGUUUAAUGUUAAUACCUUUAUUAAAGCUUUCACCAACUGAACUGAACACAAGAGAGACAGACAAUCAAUAACUGAUUACGAGUUUACCAAAAAUGCAGCGCCAGACAUAUCAAAUGCAUCACAAAUACUUCUGUUUAAACAUGUCGUGUGUUUCAGGGUGGAGUUUCUCUGACAAUCUUUACAAAGCUUACAGUCUCAAUCUGCUGGAAUGAACAAGGAUGUGAAAAAGUAUCUCAAGAUGCACUAUACUAUAGAAGAAUGUAGAUACAUACAUUUUAAUGUCCAAACUUAAUUUUUAAGCUUUAUUAGCUAAAUUUAGUAUAUUCAUUUGGUUUUUUUCUGAUGGAACACCAAACUGUAAAGGUGUCAGUAUAAUACUGUUGUCACGAAAGUAACAUUUGUGAAGAAUCUGCGCUACACUGAAUGACUACUUUGGUAUCCAGUAUUGCAGUGUAACCACAGAUCAUCUCAGUAUUUCGUUUAUUUUAAAGCAGCAACUGUUUUUUUUUUUUUUGGGGGG